AUGGACGACGACGACAUCAUUGAUCUUGAUGAGGAGGAAGUAGCUCCAAUCACUCAAGAAGAAUGCUGGUCCAUUAUAUCUUGCUUUUUCAACUCGGCUGGAGGACUGGUCCGUCAACAACUCUCCUCAUUUAACGAAUUUGUCGAAAACACAAUCCAGGAAAUCGUCGACGAAACUGGCAAAGUGACUGUACAGACAAACGCCCAGCAUACUGGUGAUGAAGAAGAUGUCACCAGAAAGUAUGUCGUAUCAUUUGGUCAGGUCGCCAUGUCCAAACCAAGGCAUAGAGAAGGCGAUGGUGCCGAUCGGGAGCUAUAUCCUCAAGAUGCAAGACUUCGUGACUUAACAUACGCAGCAUCAUUGAUGGUCGAUGUAAAGACUCAACUGUUUACUCUCACCAACAACACAGCAGACAAGGCUGAUCCAGCGUCGUGGAUUGAAGAGCCACUACCUGACGAUGGUUUUUAUGAAAAGAUAAGCCUUGGUUAUGUUCCCAUCAUGUUGCGAUCAAAGUAUUGCUGGUUGGACGAAAUGGAAGUGGAGACUAUGGAAGCUGUCGGAGAGUGUCCUCCUGAUCCUGGAGGAUACUUUGUCAUCAAUGGAUCGGAAAAGGUGCUGAUCGCUCAAGAACGAAUGGCUACCAAUCAAGUCUAUGUCUUCCAGAAAGCACCAGGAUCUGCAGUGUCAUUCACUGCCGAAAUACGUAGUCAGUUGUCUGAUGGGCACAAGAAGGCUAGUGCCACUAUGCUCAAACUAACCUCACCUGGAGAAAAGGGCAGAAAAAAGAUGAGCAUUGGUGGCAAAGUCAUCCAUACGUCAAUGCCCUACAUCAAAACCGACCUUCCUAUAUUUGUCGUGUUUCGAGCCAUGAAUAUCAUACCUGAUGCUGACAUCCUCUCCCAUAUUGCAAGUAUUCCGCGUUGUUACGAUUUUAACGAUUCUCAAAUGCUCGAAUAUCUCAAGCCAUGUAUUGAAGAAUCCUUUUCGAUUCAAGACCAGACUGUAGCUCUAUUGCAUAUUGCAGCUCGUGGCCAAGCUGCCAAUUACACUCGAGACAAGAGAACAAAGUACGCUCAAGACAUUCUUGUAAAGGAAUUCCUUCCUCACGUUGCCAUGCAAUCAUCCCAAAUGACAAAGAAGGCUUAUUUCUUUGGAUAUAUGAUUCAUCGAUUACUGCUAGCUGCUAUGGAACGCCGAGAGACAGAUGAUCGUGAUCAUUUUGGAAAAAAGAGAUUGGACUUGGCUGGUCCAUUAUUAGCUGGUCUCUUCCGUCUCUACUUCCAAAAGGUCACCAAGGAUUUGAGCAAACAUCUUACUAAAACUCUUGACUCAAAAUCGGGUGUUGAUGUGAGAAUCAUUGGUGGUCUUCGAGGUGCCACCAUCACAAAUGGGUUACGAUAUGCCCUAGCAACUGGUAAUUGGGGUGAUCAAGCAAAGGCUAUGCAAGCACGUGCAGGUGUCUCUCAAGUGCUGAAUCGAUACACAUAUGUAUCCACUCUAUCGCACUUGCGUCGUCUAAAUACUCCCAUUGGUCGUGAUGGUAAACUCGCUCGACCACGUCAACUUCACAACACUCAUUGGGGUAUGGUCUGUCCUGCUGAAACUCCAGAAGGCCAAGCUUGUGGUCUUGUAAAGAAUCUAUCGCUUAUGGCUACCAUAUCUGUUGGAACACCAACCCAACCCAUUGUCGAAUUCUUGGAUGAGGUAUCCAUGGAACGAUUUGCCGAUAUAUCGGCAAACCAGAUUGAAGGAUCUAGUAAAAUAUUCUUGAAUGGAUCAUGGAUUGGUAUUCAUCGAGAUCCGGCGCAGAUUGUAAAGUAUUUAAAAGAUCUCCGACGAGGUGGUGAUAUAUCUGCCGAGAUUUCCGUUAUUUGGGAUGUCAGAGAUAAGGAGAUUCGUGUAUUCUCUGAUGCAGGACGUAUUCAAAGGCCACUCUUUGUGGUUGAUGAUGACGCUCAAAAACUCAAGUGGGAACUGAGUCCGUCUCUAGUUCGCACCUUUAAAAAGUCAUUAGAGAAGCCAGAUGACAGUAUUCCAGAGGAGGAAAGAGAGGAGCCUCCGAUCUUUGAAUGGGAAAUGUUUUUGAAGGAUGGUGUUGUUGAAUUGCUUGAUACAGAAGAAGAAGAAACCGUCAUGAUUUGCAUGUUCCCAUCUGAUCUGAUUACACAUCGAAAGCAAUUGGAACAAAUUGAUCAGAUUGAAUUGAACGUACAUCGAUACAGUCAUUGCGAAAUUCAUCCAAGUAUGAUAUUGGGAGUUUGUGCUAGUAUCAUCCCUUUCCCAGAUCACAAUCAGUCUCCUCGUAACACAUAUCAAUCUGCUAUGGGUAAACAAGCUAUGGGAGUGUUCUUGAGUAAUUACCAGUUGAGAAUGGAUACUAUGAUGAACGUCUUGUUUUAUCCUCAAAAACCACUGGGUGUGACACGAGCCAUGCAAUAUCUCAAGUUUGUUGAGUUGCCAGCUGGUCAGAAUGCUAUUGUGUGCAUCGCUUGUUAUGGUGGAUACAAUCAAGAAGACUCGAUGAUCAUGAAUCAAUCAUCGAUUGAUCGUGGUCUCUUCCGAUCCAUGUUUUAUCGAACAUACAUUGAUCAGGAAAAGAAGGUUGGUCGUUCCAACUUGAGUGAAACGAUUGAGAAACCUACUCGAGAGACCACUCUGAGAAUGAAGCAUGGGUCAUAUAACAAGUUGGAGGAUGAUGGUAUAAUCGCUGUUGGCGAAACUGUUAUUGGUGAUGAUAUACUUAUUGGAAAGACCAUGCCUCUGUCUGCUGAAGAGGCUGGACAAGCUGCUGGCAAAACUCAACAAACCAAACGUGAUAUAUCGACAUCACUCCGGGCAGCCGAGACUGGUUUUGUUGAUCAAGUUAUGGUGACGGAGAACAAUAGUGGAUACAAGUUUGUUAAGGUCCGAGUACGUUCUAUGCGUGUGCCUCAGAUAGGAGACAAGUUUGCUUCUCGUCACGGUCAAAAGGGCACUGUUGGUAUGACAUAUCGUCAAGAAGACAUGCCCUUCACUGCACAAGGCAUUGCACCAGACCUCAUUAUAAAUCCACAUGCCAUUCCAUCACGUAUGACUAUUGGUCACUUGGUUGAGUGUCUGUUAUCAAAAGUUGGAGCAUUACGAGGAAAGGAAGGAGAUGCUACACCGUUUACCGAUACGACUGUAGCUGACAUAUCACGUGAAUUGGAAGAAUAUGGAUUCCAGAAGCGAGGAUUUGAAGUCUUGUUCCAUGGACAUACUGGGCGUAAACUAGAAGCUCAAGUUUUUACUGGACCGACUUUUUAUCAGCGUCUUAAGCAUAUGGUUGACGAUAAGAUUCACUCUCGAGGUCGUGGUCCUGUUACAAUGCUGACACGUCAACCAACGGAAGGUCGUGCUCGUGAUGGUGGUUUACGUUUCGGUGAGAUGGAACGUGAUUGUAUGAUUUCUCAUGGUGCUGCUCAGUUCUUGAAGGAACGAUUAUUCGAUGCGUCGGAUGCAUAUCAAUUACACGUUUGUGAUAUAUGUGGUCUGAUUGCUAUUGCAAAUCUUAAGACUAACAAGUUUGAAUGUCGAAGUUGUCGAAAUACUACUCAAGUCUCAAAGGUGUUUAUACCAUACGCCGCCAAACUUCUCUUCCAGGAGUUGAUGGCUAUGAAUAUUGCACCUAGGCUGGUUGUGUUGGAUGAAGAGUAG